UUCCAAAUCCAGUUACGUCUUUAAGUCUUUACGUCCUGUUUGAACGUGGCGGCGCGGACCCAAACAUUCACAGGAACAGAAAAGUUUUGCGUAUUUGACCAUGUAAUGCCAUGUCACAAAACAAGCGAUUCUGAUAUAACGUUUUCACAUUGUAUUUAAUGAAUGCGGGUUGUUUGAGCGAGUUGAUCUGUUUAUUUUGACGCUGCGAUGGCUUGCAAAAUGAAUAGCUUGUUUAGCAUUGGAGAGGACUUUGAUGAUGAGGAUAUUCUUGGGACAGACUGGGGAACCCACUCUUCAUCACCCCUCCCGGUCGAAGGGGCAGCUGCUGUGUCAUCCUCAUCGCUACGUGCGUCCUCGGUUACUCACCUAGAGCCUGAGAAAAAUUGCCCUCGAGAAAUUGGAGCGAGCUCAGUGGCCCAGCCUAAAGGCAGCACAUCAAGGAAUAACUCACAGACCACUGCUGGACAAACCGUAGCUUUAAGCCUCAGGCAGCUGUCCACCUCUUCCUCUCUUUCAUCACUAGAUUAUACACAGACUAAUUUACCAGUGCAACAAACUACUGCUAAAACUGAACUGCGGAAACCUAGUGUGUCUCAAGACGACUUUGACGACUGGGAUAUUGACCUGGCUGAUCUAGAAGAAGCUGAUCACCAAUUAGGCCAGCCUGUAAAAUCCACUACUCCUGUCUCCACGGUUACAGCGCUAUCGUCAGCUAAAGUACUGCGACCUCUUAGUGCUGCAGUGCCCCAAACUAGUGGUGUUUUGAGGCAGAUUUCGCAAUCCGGUUCAGGGCUAACUAGUACUAAUCAAGCAAUUACAAAAGGACUUCGAAAUAUUUCUAAUCACAUUUCUAUCAGUAGUAAUCACAAUAUACAAAAAAUUACAUUACCAAGUGGGAUAAGUAAGCUGUCUCGAUUUGCUUUCAGUGCUAACCAAGCUCCUCCAGGGUCCACUAGUGAACGUCCUUCUGCAGCCAGUUCGAUUCCUUAUCCCUCCACUACUAUCCCAUCACCGCAUCCUCAGUCAGUUGUUCCUCAAAGUCCUGGUGUUUUCCCUGGUCUCACUGCUGCAUCUCCCUGUUUAAGAAGAGGUCCAGAGCAGAUGCGACAGCCGCUGUCCACCCCAGUAUCAUCCAAACACAACCGUGGCUUGUUUGAGUCCAUCUCCCCUGCAGCUCCCCCUCGACCUUUGACCCCGUCGUCUCUCCACACCCCUGUCCUCACAAAUCGCUUGGUCCAGUUAGUUUCUGCCUCUAAUUCAAAGAAAAGACCCCGCUCUGAAUCGAACCGCCGCAGAACACGACGCUUCCCUGGGCCCGCCGGACUCCUACCACAACAGCCGCAGGGUCAGAGCCUGGAUGACAUAGUGGUUUCUGUUCCCAGUACACCAGCGCACGGAGCAGUGGCCAGGUCACCAAGCCAGUGUUCCAGCUCGCAGACAGAGGAGGAGGACUUCAGUGGACCUGCGUGGACCUCCAUGAAGACGGAGAUGGGUCUGGACGAGAGGAACCCGUCCUGCUUCCUCCACACCUACAGCGUUGUCAUGGUGCUCCGGAAGGCAGCUCUCAAACAGCUGGUGAAAAACAAAGUGCCAAACAUGGCGGUGCUGCUUAAGAGCCUUGUUCCCACUCACACGGAUGCCAAAGCGGUUUUCAAAGACCCAACAGGGGAGAUGCAGGGAACGGUGCAUCGUCGGUUACUGGAGGACAGGGCUGGAGAUCUGAAGCCGGGGGCCGUCCUGCUGCUUAAACAGGUGGGGGUGUUUUCUCCGUCCCAUCGAAACCAUUAUCUCAACGUGACGCCCAACAACCUGCUCAGGGUCUACUCCCCCGAUGGAGCCUGCAUGUCGUGCACACAGCUCCCCCCUCUGGCCAUGGAGCCAGUGCUGCUGUCAUCGACCCCCCAUGUCCUCCGGGAGCCCGUGUCCAAGAUGCAGCUGCUUUUUGAUGAGGACGAUGACGAGGGGCAUGACCAGGAGGGGGCAGCGCAGAGGAGCACAGAGAAUCAAGAGGCAGUGAACCAAAGUGCCAAACAGCAAACGCCAGCAGUAGCAGAGCAGGACUCAGGCUGGGGAGCAGAUGACCUUGAUGAACUCCUGGGAGAGUUGCCUGAGGACUUGUACAGUGUUUGAUGGCAGACGCACAAAGCAAACUCACCGAACAAGCCUCCACUGUUGUACCUUCUCUUCUGAAGGCGUCUUUUCUUUGACCUUUAACAUUUGACCUUUUGAACCAAGUGCGAAAAGUUGUAAAUAGUUGUAAGUAACGAGUUUAAAGGGUCUAUAUUAUGCUAUUUUCUUAUCUAUGUUAUAAUGUUUCCUCAUCACAAACAGACCUGGAGUUGUGUUUUGUUUCAUUCACACAUGUUUAACACACAAACCCUGUAUAUUUAGGCUGAGUUCUUCUCUCAAACUGAAAGAUCAUAGACUGUAUAUAUAAAUGAACAUGGCUAACCUGCUAGCUGCCACGUUCCAAACUGGACAUGAUCAUGGGUGCACUUCCAGUUCCAUGGACUCUGACAGAAGUUACAGAGAGAGGGGACACAGUUUUUCAGUAGAAAGUGAAUUGGAGCCAGACUCGUCAUUUUGGUCUUAAACUGUUUGUAUUAACCUGCUUUACAUGAUCCUGACAUUUUUAUUUUGCCAUUUUGUCCGUAACUCAAGAUAUGAACAUUAAUAACAGACAAAUCAGGCGCCUUCUUUCCCCGAGGUUGCUCCUGCUAGCGUUUGAUUGACAGCGUUGCUAAGCACCCACUUCGCUUGACUGCAGCCAAACGCUAUGGAUGACUUGACACUCACUUAGUCCACUUCUUUAUACAGUCUGUAUGUAAUACAGGAAGUGCCUAGUGCAUUGUAUUUUUAAUUGUAUUUUUAAACUCCAUGCACCUUCACUAGAAUCAUUUGGAUGAUUUCAGUCCUGAAAUUGCCAAUCUCUGCUGAACUAAAGAUAAAAGGAGCUAUUAACAUGAAAACUACCACUUCUUACAUCUACAAAGCUCAAAAUGCUCUGUUCCACCUUGUGAUGUCAUGAAGACUAAUAAAGUGUUACUCAAACAUGUGUCAAUGAAACAAAACACAACUCCAGGUCUGUUUUUGAUGAGGUAACAGCAUUAUAACACGGCUUAAAGCUACAAGAGUCAAUUUUGUGUAACAUUGGACCUUUAACAAAGAAAGUAAUUUAUGUUCUUGUAGGACCAUGCAUCGCUGCUGAUCGAAGUGUCAUAAAAGGCUUUAAAGUGGACAUUGCUUUUUAAUUAAACUACACAAUCUGAUGUCUCAUGAUGGUGUAAAAAUAAAUUAGUCUGAGAU